UUAGCACUGAGGAGGGCAACCUUGUUUACCGUCGAAGUUACGUGCCGCGAACUUCCGAAUUUCGCGCUCUCGCAGCUUCAAAGCUUUCCCGCUCGUUAGAAGGAAAUCUCAAGAGAAGAACUCUUUAAAAACAUGUUCGUCUAGUGUUACUGGUGGUUGUUGCUGUUGGGUGACUAAUAGAAUUAUUCUUAUUGUAAAAUAUGUGUAGUAGAUUUAACUUUGUGAUGAUGCAGUUACAUGUGGUAAUUCUCAGUGUCGUUGUAGCUGUCCAGGGCUCAGGAAAAUUUGACAAUGAACCAGUUACGUCGACCUAUGACGUAGAGGCGGUUCAAGGAGGGGUCGCGAAGCUGCCCUGUGACAUAGAACCCUCAAUACCGGGUGACAAAAUGCAUAUUGUCAUCUGGUUCAAGGAUGGAGAUGAACGGAAGACCCCUAUAUACUCGUUCGACUCCAGAGACAAGCAAAUGGAGCAUGGCAAACAUUGGGCAGACGAAAGUGUCCUUGGAGGUCGGGGAUCCUUUCGAUACCAAGAAAAACCAGCCAAAUUAACUCUGGAGACUGUCAAAGACAGCGAUGGUGGCAUAUACCAUUGUAGGGUGGACUUCAGGCUGACUCCCACGAGAAACAUCAAAGUUAACCUCACAAUAAUAAUUCCUCCGGAAAAGCUAAGCGUCUUAGAUGAAACCGGGCUUCACAUACCGGACUACAUCCUCGGACCCUAUAAUGAAGGAUCCUCCAUUAAUAUAACAUGUGUCGCAACAGGAGGUCGUCCCCCACCAAAAGUAACAUGGUGGCAAGAAAACGCGCUUCUAGACGACUCUUUUGAGUAUCUCUCAGAAAGGAGAGUCCGCAACAUUCUUCACAUCGAGAAACUAGAGAGAAAGCAUCUACACACCGUGUUCACCUGUCAAGCAUCCAACAACAACUUAGUGGCGCCAAUAUCUAGCGCGGUAACUCUGGAUAUCAACCUGAGGCCAUUAUGGGUCAAACUACUCGGAGACAAUAAACCAUUAUCUGCUGAGCACACCUACGAACUGAGCUGCGAAGUAGUCGGUUCUAGACCAGAACCCACCAUCACAUGGUGGAAAGGCAGUCAACAGAUGAAGAACACGAGGGAAACGACUAGUCCUGAUCGAAAUACGACUACAAGCGUUUUAACUUUCAUUCCAACGGUAGAAGAUGGCGGCAAAUAUUUGUCAUGUCGUGGCCAACAACCUCAGAUACAGGAGAGCGGCAUUGAGGAUGGGUGGAAGCUGGAUAUUCAUCAUAUCCCUUUGGUGUCUCUGGAACUUGGAAGCACUUUGAAUGGCAGUACUAUCAAAGAGGGCGUUGAUGUCUAUUUCGAGUGCAACAUCAAGUCAAAUCCAUGGGUUUAUAAAGUCAGCUGGCGACACAACGGCAAACAGCUGUACAACAACGUCCAGACCAACACUAUCGUGAGCAACCAGAGCCUGGUGCUGCAAUCGAUAACGAGAGCUCGAACGGGGAUUUACACUUGUGUCGGACACAAUCAAGAAGGCGACGGGGAAAGCAAUCCCGUGCAGCUCGACGUUAAAUUCAUCCCGACGUGCAGGCCCGGCCAGCCCAAAUCGUUCGGCGUGGCUCGGCACGAGACGACGCGCGUCGCAUGCGAGCUCGAGGCCAACCCCAGCGACGAGGUGUCCUUCGCGUGGAAGUUCAACAACACGUCGGACACGUUCGACAUCCCGCAGAGCCAGAUCCGCACGGAGAAGGGCCGCAGCGUAGUGGCCUACAAGCCGAUGACCGAGCUGGACUACGGCACGCUGCUGUGCUGGGGCAGGAACGAGAUCGGCGUGCAGCAAGAGCCGUGCGUCUUCUACAUCAACCCCGCAGGCAAACCCGACGCCCUCUCCAACUGCACCAUCUCCAACCAGACCUUCGACACUCUGACCGUCGAGUGCUCCGAGGGCUUCGACGGCGGCCUGCCACAGGAGUUCGUCAUGGAGGUGUUCGACUCGGCGUCGCGCAAGCUGGUGAGCAACGUUUCGUCGCGUGCGCCCCUCUUCAGCGUGGGCGGGCUGGAGUCGGGCGCCGGCUUCGAUGUCGGGCUGUACGCGGCCAACAAGAAGGGCAGGAGCGCCGUUGCCAGGCUGCAGGCCUACACGCUCAAGUCGGCCGAGAAGCAUACCGCCUCCCACCCGAUUCUUCUUCAAAUCACCCCUCUCCUGGGUGCCCUAAUUGGUGUUGUAGCUGCCCUCAUCCUCGUAGCCAUCAUCAUCGUCGUAGUAAUACGUCUACGUGGGGGAGGUGACAGAGACGACAAGGACUACGAUGACAGCGGUCUAUCUUCUUCUGGCAGACGAUGUACAGCCGCAAAUAGCGACAAGGCGAGCACUGAGCCUCUCAACAAGGAUCUGAACGACAGUGUGGAUAGCCUUGAAGAGAAAAAUCCAGACAUCAUUCCACAAAACAACGCCGAGGACGAGUACCAGGAUGAAGAGCGAGCGUUCGAAAGGUUGAACAACGCUACUAUGAGAGCCUACAGUCGGUUGCAGAGUCCGAUUACACAGGCCAAGAAUAAUGGAACGUACGAUUAUGGCACGAAAACGACCCCCGACGAAAUAACCUAUGCUGAAUUAUCUCUCGCCCACCAACAGAUGCCGCAGGUGAUAUACCAGCAGCAGCAGUGCAUCCCCAUGUCGGUGAUCAGGCGGCAAGAGCCCACUGUGUACGCGCAGAUCGACGUGAAGCGCAUGCACCACCAGCAGCAGCAGCAGCAGCAGCACCUUCACCACGGGCUGCAGCCGCUAACCCCGCCCCACCCCGCGGCAUUUCAGACGCUGCCGCACCACCCGCACCUGCCGCCCUACAUGCCGAGGCCGCUGCGAGAGGACCCGAUGGUGCACGAAGGCUCGGUCAGCUCCGAGACGCCUUUGCUUACCUCGAGGGAUACUAGCGUGCUUCAAUCCUUAUUAGAUGUGAAUACAAGUCGAACACCAACCAUUACCUCCACUUUGCCCAGAACGGUGACUGCGACUCGGUUUUGACCUAAUUAGAUAUAAUUCCGAAGAACUGGUUUAUUUAUAAAUGAAUUUUUAAUUGUUAUACAAUAACUUAAUUAAUGUUACCGUUAAAUAUUUAGGUGUUUUUAUUGCUAUCUGAAAAAUUAGUUCAUGUUCUCAUGUUCAUUAUACAUUCCAGCAGUUGCGGAUAUUGAAAACAUAAGAAUGUUGAAAUUACUAAUAUUCUUAUUCAUACGAGCAGAAGAUGUACCAAAUUUGAUAUAAAUCUCCUACCCAGUAUAUACUAACCACAUUUCAGCGGCAAAGAAAUAUAAAAUUCAAGUCAUCCAAAUGACUCGUUUCGGUAAAAAAAACUCAAUUUAUUCAUCAAAUUGUUUGAAGAUGCCAACAACAGAACGAAUCUCACAAUAUUAGUAAAAGCAUCGAAACCUGCCUUAAUAGUAGCCGUAGCCUAACUAACAGUAGACUGGCCAAUGAAUAAUAACAAUUCCAUCGUGAAAUAACCCUAAUAGCACGCAACAUUCUAGACGUCCCUAUUUGGUAUAAUUCAAGUCCGAAUAUCCCGGACUUGAAAUGAUUGUCCUUGGGACGUCCCACCCCGUACAUCUCAUGUGAUGUCCGAGCAAGGACGUCCACGGAAUGUCCCAGCUGGUACAUCAUUUCAAAUGUCCUUGUAAUAGCAUUCUUUAGACCCUCCACGUGGUGCAUAUUGCAGAAUGUCCAUGCAAGGACGUCCUUAUGGUGUUAAACGUGUUAAACGUUCCUUUAGAGGAACAUAUUGUGGCAUGAUUUCAGAUCUUAUAUAAUGUCCUUUCUCGAACAACCAGGCUAUAAAUACUGCUCGUCAUUGUUCUUCACGAAAGUCCAUUGGACAUCCUUGAGAAACUUCUUUGAUCGGACCGCUUGAGAACCUUCUUCACUCCCAAACUGGAUGUCCUCAUCAGUUAUGCAAGAUCUGGUCCUAGGGAUACCCAAAUAAAUUGAAAUUCUAGAAUAAUUUGUACGUUCCUGGGACAUCCUAUGAUCAUCCAAUUUAUCCCUCAGCAUUGCUGAUGGGUAGUGCUCGAUGAGAAAUUCUUGAUCUAAGUAUUCGAUAGUUGUCCCUGGGACAUCCCUCAAGGACGUCCCUAGUUGGUCAUCAAGUGCGACAUAUGUCCGUCCAAUGGACGUCCGGGGUAUCAAAUUCGAACGUCCUAUGGCCGUCGUGAAUGUCCCGAUGGACAUAAUUGUGUUAUUAGGGAAAGUUGAAAUAUUUCCAUCAUAUAAUUCAAGAACAUAGACACACAACUGUAAAUAAGAUUGAUAGAUUAUCUGAACACGUUUCGGACUAUAUAUAGUCAAUCCAGAGUAGAUUAAAGAAUUGAAACAAUUGAAAUUACAUGGUACACAAUAAAAAUAAAUAAAGGUUAUGUUUCCAUGUGAAAUUGAAAACUUCAUGAUAUAUUGAAGAUUUUAAUUCAUUGAAUGUGUAAUUUCAAUACCUUCUAUUCUACCUGAGUAACCUUUAUUUAUUUCUAUAUAGUGCCUCAAUAUUAAUUCUCAUUGUAGAAUCAGCUAUAAAAUACUUCAACUUCUAUACGGAUGAUAGAAUUUAUAGUUUGAAAUAUGUUCAAAAGUUAUCAUACUUAUCAUCGAAAGUUGUGAUAUAUUAUGGACUUCUAUCUUAGAUCUAUCAGUAUUGUUGGGUAGGCACGACGAAAUUAGGGAUAAAACAUAGUGAAAAGUUUUCAAAUAUCUUAGACACACUCCUCAAUUCUGAAUUCGAUUCACACUGGAAUGACAUUCAUUUCUCCUAUUCAUGCAGUGACAAUUAUUUAACUUAAGAUUGUGAUUAAUUAUCUUGAUCCGAAUUGUAAGUGUAGUAUGUUCAGUUGAACAUAGGAUGUUAUUCGCCAAUUUCCAAAUAUCGAUGAAGAAUUUUGUAAUGAAGGCAUAUUAUUUUUGUGUAAUUUGGAACUUGGUGAAUCCAAUCAUCAAUAAUUUCAUACGGACCCACUGAUAGUUGAAUAAACUGUUGUGGCCUGUGUAGGUAUACAUUUUCAUAGCUGUGACUACAAAUCAAUUAAAUGUUUAAAAUUGUAUGAUAAUAAAUAUUUUUAUCGAUCGUUCGUGUAAUGAAAUUAUUAAUUCAUCGUGUAUUAAUUUUAUUAUAGAGCUGUUAUUUGAUCAAACCAAACUAUAUUACAUUUAUCUCCAUGAUUUUUUGAAUGUUUCAUCAAUUCGAUUGAACAAAACUGCCAUAUGUUUGCUACCUAUUAUGAAUUAAUAUUAGACAGUUUUUUUAAAGUAGUAACUGAUUAUUACGAUAUGUGAAUAAGACCUUUUGUGAUCCCGAAAGAUAUAGAAAUUGCUUCAACUAAGUGAAUUUACUGAAAUUUGAAGUUUAAACGAAAAUGUUGGAUGUCCGUCCAAUAUGAUAUGAUGUGUAAAACCACUUCGAGCAUAUUUUCUUCGUGAAUAAAAAUAAAUCCUUCGUUCAGCACCAGAGUAUAUAUACAAUUUGUGCCUAUUAACUAAGAAGACAUGUUUGAAUGAUAAUUAUUGCAUGAAACAUUCCUUGUGGUGUUUUAUUGAUGUUUAUGUCACGGCUGAUACACGCAUGAAUCGGAUAAUCGCUCAUAAAACUGUUAUGAAUACAAAAUGGUAGGUACAUAUGCGUAUCCAUUGAAAAUGUCUCAUUUUCAUAACGUAAUUGAAUAUCAAUCCUGAAAUUAUUUUUGUCGAGCCGUCAUUGUCGGCGUUGAUAUUAUAACUCUUUGAAAACAUUCUUUAUUCGUCUUUUUCGUUAUUUGAUUCGAUUUCCUUACAUACAGUGUGCUAUGCUGAAGAUUCUCAAAACACCUUGUGGAUAACGUAGGUGCAUACAGCAUCAAGAGCAAAUUCCUCUAAGGAUCAUACUCUACCUUCAUAUCUUCCCAAACAGCGGUUCUUAAACUUUUGUUCUUCAAAUCGAAAAAUGUUGCGCCCUCUCAAUCCGUAGAAGUCGACGUAGGGGUGCGCUCCACUGUUUGAGAAACACUGACUGUUCUUUUAUUUGUACAAUGUCGUUCACAUUACCAAACAAUUACUUAUAGUUCAGUCAAUGAUGAAUGUCAAUUUAUCAUACACCCAAAAGCAAAUGGAAGAGGCAGUUUUUUAUUUGAGACUAGGGAUAUGUUCGGAGUAAAUAGGAAGUAAACAUACCAAACGUCUCCGAACUUACAAGGUGAUCCAAGUGCAGAGAGCAACGUAGAAGGUCCUUUAUUUUAAUUAACGUUUAUAUCUCAAAAACGGUAUGUCUCAGCAAAAAAGUAUAUCUAUUCGAAAUGAGUGUUCACGAAAUGUUUUACCAAAUUGUUACCUAUCUCCCAAUGUUUUUGGGAUAUUUGCUAGCAAAUCAUGUGAAUUUUUGAAAAUCGCUUUCUUUAUCUAGCAUAUUUUAACUGCACAACCUUCAGUUUUUCAUCAAAGUAUUCGACGUAGAAGUCGCAGAGGAUUCGAUCACCUACGAGAUGUUAUGUCACAUACCUAUGUAUUUUGUUCAUAUACAGGGUGGCAUUGAAAUAAGUACAAAUAUUUCAAAUACUGAGAAAGCUGGACGUGUACUAUCGAAUGGCACUAAUGAAAAAAAUUUAGAGAUCAAAAUAAAAUUUGAGGUUAUACCCUACUAUUUUCCACCCAAAGUUCUGAACUGUAGCAAAUCUGACGUCACCUAUGUUCAAAUGUCCAUGCGGUACGCACAAUCACGCGGAGUUCAAUCAUUUAAAUUGUUUUAAAGUGGCGUACUUGAUUUUUUUCUCGUAUUUUGUUAAAUCUUUGGGAUGAAAUUUCUCGUUAAUUAGAAGAAUCAGAAAAAAUCUGAUGUCACGGGAAUAUUCCUUAGACUGUAUCAUAUUGAUGUGCUGAAUAUGUGCACUUAUUUCAAAAACACCUUGUAUAUCAUAUCUAUAAUAUUAUAUAGUGUAUCACUUGUAUCUGUAUCUUUUCUAUUUGUUGAGUUAGGAUUCUGAAAUUUGUAGGAGCGGAGAUUCACUACAAACACAAACUCUGACCAAGUUACCACCCACAUUUCCGAAAAAUGAUAUCAGGAGGAAAAAUAGGUUUAAAAUCAAUUCUGAUUCGGAAUGAGGACCAUAUUCAUUCCGGAAAAGCUUUAGUUCUGAAAAAUUGAAUUUUCAUGAUUCGCUAGCGAAUGCCGUGAUAACUGUGGGAAAAAACCUAUUGAUACCAUUUUGUUGACAAUUCCAUCAGCUACAAUUUUGAAAUUGCUGUGACGUGCCUUUCUUGAGAUAUGAACGAAAAGGGGACUAUCUAUGUCGCUCUCUGAAAUUGACUCACCUUAUAUAAGUUAGGGAACUAUUGGAAUUUGUACUUCCUAUCUACUCCUAAUACAUCCCUAUAGUCUCACAAAAACUGUUCUCUUCCAUAUCCUCUCCAUCCCUUAAUUGGACGUUCAUUGACUGGAGUAUUAAUCCAUAAUAUUUGAUUGAAAAUUUGACAUUCAUCGUUCAUACAUCUUUUUCUGAAUAACAUUCACAUCUACUACCUAUAUCCAAUUAAUUAAGGUUUUGAUCUCAUCUUCGUCGAUAUUUUCAUGAAUGUUUUGUAGCCUCAGAAUGCCACAGACGAAUACCUACCUCUGGUUGGUUAAUAGUGUGGACAAUGGAAUGGCAGCCAGAAGUUUAGCUCUCUCAAAAAUACUAUAAGCGAUUCGGCAUAUAAUAUCAACCAAGAGACAGAAACCUCAAUUAUUUCAAGUAUGGGUAGUCGUUGAAUAGUUUUCAUCCAUAAUAUGUGAGAUCGUCGACAUUAGAUUCUUAGUCACAUGUUCGUGUAUAUAUUUGAUAACAAAUUAUAAGUACCUACAUUUUCUAAUCCUGUGAUGAAAAGAUGAAAUGUCAAAUGAAAAGUGAUGUGAUUCUCACCAGCACUUCUUUGUGAUCUCAACAGCUCUACUAUGUCUACAGGGCGUUAUGGAUAUCAUCAAGAAAAAACAAUAUCUGCACCAUUUGUACAGGGUGAGUCAUAACUAUUGUGAGAUAGGCUAAGGGCUGAUUGUUUGGACCAAAAUAUGCCGAUACAGGGCGUUUCAAUCGUAUUGACUAUAUACUCACACCAAAAUUAAUACACUGACAAGCCAUGUAAUAUACCAGCAACAAUUAUCUGAUAGUCCAAAGCAUACUCUUCAUAAAUAAAUGAUAUUUGGAAUCCCCUUCCGAGACAUUGAACUGUCCAAUAGUUCGAUUGCUUUCUUCACGAAAACGGAUGAAAAUAUCGUUUCUAAACACGAGUACCAAUAUCACGUAGAACAUUAUAGGGAUUUUCUUCAGUGCGCAGCAAGCAAAAAAAAUUCUGGUCCUAAGAAUCUGCCCUUAGCCUAUGCCCCAAUAGUUUUGACUCACCCUGUAUAAGAGGGAUUGAAUCAACGGCAUAGUAAAGUUUAUGAUGGGAUCAGAAAAAUCCAAUAUUGAAAUCGAAUGAACAGUUAAAAUAUUUGAACAGAGUAUAUAAACAUGAAAAAUUCAAGUAUUUUGACUCAUCAAGAUAAUAAAUCAUUAAUUUUUUGAAACGCAUAGUAUUGAAUAAAUAUUUUCUGAAUACCUUCGUCAUUUUUGUAAACCUAAUAGGCCUGUAUUUCAACAAGCUAAAACGCAUUAUGCCGAUUUCGCCUAUUAUCCGUAACAUUUACAUGGUGUGAGAAAAACGCCUGAUAUUUUUAAAGCCAUAUACAAUAUACAUUUUGUCACAAAAUAUUGGUACGUAAUUUUUCUUACAUCUUGUAUUGUAAUUGUAAAUAUAUGUAUAUAUUAUGCUCAAAAAGGUAAGAGGUAACUGUUAUAAAAACUUUUCCCAUGAAGUUUUCGUUAUACGAGUGGCCGAAAUAUUACUCACACUUAUUUUCACUUGUAUUUAAUCUGUUCAAUGAUGUAUAAAUUAACUUGGACAAUAAUGUUUUAACUUUCAAUUUUAUUUCAAAUCCGCAAUCUCAACUUAUGAAAAUUUGAAAAGUUUUGAAGUGGCCUUGUCUAUAAUACCUAGUUAUCGAAAUAGUUUCUGUGUUAUUCUAGGUUUUGUAUAUAUUAUGUGUUGUAUUAUCAUGUAUGUAAUUAUUCAUAAAUUAUCGAAAGAAUAAAGACGUAAUAGA